GGCCGUGAAGUCAAUUCAAAGAGUUGCGAGAGCCCGAAACGUGCUGGUUAGAUUUACUGAAUUGGAGCAAAACUGCGAAUUACGGGAGUGUAGUAAAGUGCACCCUCCCUUGCAUGCAUCUCAUUAGCCGGAUCCCGUCAGUAGCUAUAGGUGAAGCAGCCUCUCUCUCCCAUACUGAAGCAGGUGUCCAACAUGGCGAUCACUGGCAACGGCUCUCUCGCUACUAUUCUCUUUUUAUUCAUGUUUCCAGCGGCUCUUCACAAAGGAGCUGCACAGUACCCAGUGGUGAGUCAGAACUUAGUGACUGACAAUGUGUCGGUGGUGGAGGGCGAGAUGGCUACCAUUAGCUGCCGGGUGAAGAACAACGACGACUCGGUCAUCCAGCUGCUCAACCCCAACAGACAGACAAUCUACUUCAGAGACAUGAGGCCCCUGAAAGACGCUCGCUUCCAGCUGGUGAACUUCUCAGACAAUGAGCUGCGGGUGUCGCUGUCUAAUGUCUCGCUGUCAGAUGAGGGUCGAUAUGUUUGCCAGCUCUACACAGACCCCCCGCAGGAGGCCUACGCUGACAUCACUGUGCUGAUUCCUCCAGGUAACCCCAUCAUCGAGGCCCGCGAUGAGAUCCUGAGCGAGGGCAAUGAGACAGAGAUGACCUGCACCGCCAUCGGCAGCAAGCCCGCCGCCACCAUCAGAUGGAUGAAGGGAGAAAAAGAGCUUCCAGGCAAGCCCAAAGUUGAGCUGACCUACGACAAGAUGUACACAGUAACCAGCCGGCUGACGUUCACCGUCAGCAAGGAGGACGACGGCGUGCCUGUCGUCUGCAUCGUAGACCACCCGGCAGUCAAGGACUUCCAAGCACAGAGAUACCUGGAGGUGCAGUACAAACCGGAGGUGAAAAUUGUGGUUGAGUUUCCUCAGGGCCUGACCAGGGAAGGAGAGAACCUGGAACUGACGUGCCAGGCCAAAGGCAAACCCCAGCCGCAGCGGGUCAACUGGGUGAAGGUGGACGAUGACGUGCCGUCCCACGCCGUCAUCACCGGCGGCGACCUGUACAUCGAAAACCUCAACAAGUCCUACAACGGGACCUACCGCUGCGUGGCCUCCAACUCAGUGGGCGAGUCCUACGACGACUACAUCCUCUAUGUCUACGAUGCUCCCACCACUACCCCUAUACCCACCACCGCAACCACCACCACUACCACCAUCACCACCACCACCAUCUCCUUCCCUGACGAAACACAAGACACUGCGCCCAGCACUGAACCCGCGGCUCAUGAUUCAAGAGCUGGAGAGGGGGCGCCACGAACGGUCGACCACGCAGUGAUCGGAGGAGUGGUGGCCGUCGUCGUCUUCGCCAUGCUUUGUCUACUCAUCGUCUUGGGGCGCUACUUUGCAAGACACAAAGGUACCUACUUCACGCAUGAAGCUAAAGGGGCGGAUGACGCGGCAGACGCAGACACAGCCAUCAUCAAUGCAGAGGGCGGCCACACCAACUCGGACGAAAAGAAAGAGUACUACAUCUAAUCAAAACAGGACCCCUCACACUAGUGUCCUCUUUGGGACGCCGAGCUGUUUUUCGGGGGCUGGGGCUGGGGGACGGGGUGGGAUUAAGGGAUUUGAGAUGGUUAGGGAUUAUUUUCGGCAAGAGUAGAAAGGACAAGGGGGUAGAAGAGAAGUGGGCUUUUAAAGGAAGGCCUGGUUGUGAGCUGUUGUUUAGUCUAGUCCGCAGCUGUAGAUGGAAUGUUCUGUGUAUUUAAAAAAAAACAACAAAAAAAAAAAGACAAAAAGAUUGACGAGACGAGGGAGA